UUUCAGGUGCUGCUUUACCAACCGAACAUACGCCAUUUUGCUAUUACAGAAAAGUGCAUUAUCUGUCGUCAACAAUGUGAUGAAACGUAAAAUGUUUCUUCGAUUUUUUUGGUGUUUGUGAUGUGCAAGUGCAGUUUUAUGGAACUAAAUAAAUUCUAGGAUUAUGGAUGAGUCCAUCGAGACGCUCAGGGUCGUUCCUGAGCUCUACUUUCUGAUAGCGAAAUUUCUCUCCGGUGGACCUCUGAAGGAAACUGCAAAGACCUUGCUAAAAGAGCUCGAGAGCGUCGAGGUACUGCCCCGCAGGCUCGACUGGCAAGGCAACGAGCACGCCCAAUCGUAUGAGGAACUUGCAUCUCAAUACACGGACGUGUCAUGGAGUCGCUUAGCCUCCGUGUGCGAGCGAGCGCUCUCUCUCGCUCGCUCCGUGUCCGCGCUACCGUCUCGCCCCGCCCCCUCCGCCGGGACCGGUGCCGUUGCCGGCGCCGGGAGCCCGACCGCGGCGACGUCGCCCCAAGCGGACUUGAGCGAGAAACUCACGGCGCGCCUCUCCUUGCUCAGUGAGACGCUGGUGCGGCCGAAACCGAAGUAUGCCUCGCAUAAGCAGGACCAUUCGCUUGUCCGCCGCGUGGUGGCGCGCGAGUUGGGCGUGGGCGCGGCAGCCAGGGCGGGCGGCGCCGGCGGGCGAGCCAUGUUCCCUGCGCGGCUACUGGGCGGGCUGCAGCUACAACGCCGCACGCUCGGCCACCUGUCCGCCGUCUACUGCCUCGUGUUCGACUGCACCGGCCGCUACGUGGUCACGGGCGCGGACGACCUGCUGGUGAAGGUGUGGGACGCGCGCGACGGGCGCCUGCUGAGCACGCUGCGCGGCGCGGGAGCUGAGAUCACGGACGUGUGCGCGUCGGCGGACGGCGCCUUGCUGGCCGCCGGCUCCGUGGAGCGCCUGGUGCGCGUGUGGGAGCUGGCCAGCGGCGCGCCCACGGCCGUGCUGCACGCGCACGCCGGCACGAUCACGGCGGUGCACUGGGCGCCGCUGGCGCACGACGUGCGCUGGCUGGCCUCCACCUCCACCGACGGCUCCGUGGCCUUCUGGACGUGCGCCGACGGGCAGUUCCUCUCGCAGCCAGUGCAGUUUGUGGAGCGAUUACGCCCUGGUGCCUGCCACAUGAUCUGCGCGGCGUGGUCG